AAACAUUAUAAAUUACAUAAUAAUGUAAGGAAAAAUUUUGUCUUAUAUCUCACAGGGACUUCGAAACAUAAGCUGCAUUACAGAAAGGAAGUAGAAAUUAGAACCACACUUCAGGAGUUGUUACUCUACUUAAUUUUUUUAAUAAACCUAUGUAUAUUGACUUUUGGGAUGGUAAACCCACAUACAUAUUACUUAAACAAAGUUAUGUCAUCCCUAUUUUUGGACACUUCUGUGCCUGGUGAAGAAAGAACCAACUUUAAGUCUAUUCGCAGCAUAACUGAUUUUUGGAAGUUUAUGGAAGGACCCCUUUUGGAAGGUCUGUAUUGGGAUUCAUGGUACAGUAACCAGCAGCUGUAUGAUUUGAAGAACAGCAGUCGUAUCUACUAUGAGAACUUACUUCUAGGAGUCCCCAGAGUUCGUCAACUAAAAGUCCGCAACAACACAUGCAAAGUCUAUUCAUCUUUUCAGUCUUUGAUAAGCGAAUGUUAUAGCAAAUACACUUCUGCAAAUGAAGACCUCUCUAAUUUUGGCCUUACAAGUAAUAGUGAAUGGAGGUACUCUACUUCUAAUACCAACUCCCCUUGGCACUGGGGAUUUCUUGGUGUUUACCGAAAUGGGGGAUAUAUUUUCACUUUAUCAAAAUCAAAAUCUGAAACCAAAAACAAGUUCAUUGACCUUCGACUCAACAACUGGAUCACAAGAGGGACCAGAGUUAUUUUUAUUGAUUUUUCCUUAUAUAAUGCUAAUGUAAAUCUGUUUUGUAUUAUCAGAUUGGUGGCAGAAUUCCCUGCAACUGGAGGAAUAGUUACUUCAUGGCAGUUUUACUCUGUGAAGCUCCUCAGAUAUGUUAGCUACUAUGAUUAUUUUAUUGCUUCCUGUGAAAUCAUAUUUUGUAUUUUCCUUUUUGUCUUCACAACACAAGAAGUCAAAAAAAUAAAAGAAUUUAAGUCUGACUAUUUCAAAAGUAUUUGGAACUGGCUAGAACUGCUACUUUUGCUGUUGUGUUUUGUGGCUGUUUCCUUCAACAUAUACUGUAAUAUACAAAUUUUUCUCUUACUUGGACAGCUGUUGAAAAGUACUGAAAAAUAUCCAGAUUUCUAUUUUCUUGCAUACUGGCACAUUUAUUACAACAAUAUAAUUGCUAUUACCAUCUUUUUUGCAUGGAUAAAGAUAUUCAAAUUUAUAAGCUUUAAUAAGACAAUGUCUCAACUGUCAUCAACCUUGUCACGUUGUAUUAAAGACAUAGUAGGAUUUGCCAUCAUGUUUUUUAUAAUAUUCUUUGCUUAUGCCCAGUUAGGAUUUCUUGUUUUUGGAUCACAAGUUGAUGACUUUUCCACUUUUCAGAAUUCCAUAUUUGCACAAUUUCGAAUUGUUCUUGGAGAUUUUAAUUUUGCUGGUAUUCAGCAAGCCAAUCAUAUCUUGGGACCCAUUUACUUCAUCACUUUCAUCUUUUUUGUGUUCUUUGUCCUGCUGAAUAUGUUCUUGGCAAUUAUUAAUGAUACCUAUUCUGAAGUGAAAGCUGAUUAUUCAAUAGGCAGAAGGCCGGAUUUUGAACUUGGUAAAAUGAUUAAACAGAGUUACAAAAAUAUUCUCGAGAAAUUCAGACUGAAGAAAGCUCAAAAAGAUGAAGACAAGAAAACUACCAAAGACAGUGGAGAUUUGGCUGAACAAGCCAGAAGAGAAGGCUUUGACGAAAAUGAGAUUCAAAAGGCAGAACAGAUGAAAAAAUGGAAAGAGAGGCUUGAGAAAAAGUAUUAUUCUGCGGAAAUUCAAGAUGACUACCAGCCUGUCACUCAACAAGAAUUUCGAGAGCUUUUUUUAUAUGCUGUGGAGCUGGAGAAGGAAUUACACUAUAUCAAUUUGAAACUAAAUCAAGUGAUGAGAAAGCUUUCAGCUCUAUAA